GGCGUUUUCCGUCCACGGUCGGAGUGCAGAUUUUAGAAUCGGCCAGGUGAGAAGAAAUGGCCUCCAAAGGGAAGACUCCCACGUCAAAGCCCGCCAGAACCUGUGCCACCAAACCAGCUUCCCACGAGUCGUCCUGCUUGAAGGUCAUGAACGACUUCAGAAAAGAGGGCGAGUUCUGUGACGUGGUUCUGGUGGUCCAGGGGAGACGGUUUCCUGCCCAUCGAGUGGUUUUGGCUGCUGCCAGUCACUUCUUCCGCCUGAUGUUGACCACUAACAUGAAGGAGUCGGCGUCUCGUGAGUUGGAGCUGAGGGACGUUGAGCCAGAAGUCGUCGAGCAGUUGACUGAAUAUCUCUACACGGCCCGGGUCUCGGUGAACGAGGGCAACGUCCAGUCGCUGCUGCUCACAGCCGAUCUGUAUCAGAUUGAUCCCGUGAAGACCAAGUGCCUGGACUUCCUGAGGGAACGGAUCAACGCUUCCAACUGUCUGGGUGUAUCAGCCCUGGCAGAUUUGAUCAGUUGUCCCAGACUGAAGGCUAAAGCGGAGAACUUCGCUGUGCACAACUUCACAGAAGUGGUCAAAUGUUCUGAAUUUCUUCAACUUGAGGAGAGUCGGCUCCUGAAACUGCUGCAGCACAACAGUCUGUCCUGUUCUGAGGAGAAGAUAUACGAAGCUGCGUUGCUCUGGCUGAAGCACGACCUGUCCAACAGGCGGCAACAUCUAGAGGAGGUGUUGAGUUGCGUUUGCUUCCCUCUGAUCCCCCACGUCUUCCUCUCUGAGACCGUGCAGCACGAGCCCCUGGUCCAGAACAACCAAAAGUGCCUGAGGAUGCUCAUAAGUGGGUUAACGUACUACCUCUCGCCCAGCCAGGACCACAAGGACCUGUCCAUGAAGAUCCAUUCUCGCCUUAAACCAAUGCUGCGCGUCGCUGUGUUGCAAACCACGGCGCCCAAACUCGGCCACUCCUUCAACCCCAGAAACUACAGCUUGACGUCCAUUGGCUGCGAUUUUUGGGAAUGCAAAGAAGCGGUGGCGGUCUACUGCAACGGCCUGGUUUACAUGUUGAGCGGCUGGAACGGCUGGAGCAGUAGGGGCACCAGAUGCGUCGACUGCUACAGCGUUGGGCAGAAAAUCUGGUUCUCCAAGCCAGAGCUGCCCAGACCUCGAGUGGACCUGGCUGCCUGUGCUUCCCGGGGGAAGAUCUACGUAUCUGGGGGAACGCUUGAUUGCGGUCGCUCGACUUGUAACUUUGACUGCUUCAACACGGAGACAAACUUGUGGCAAACUGAACCAAACAUGUUAAACGCCCGCUCCUGCCAUGCAUCGGUGGCGGACAGGGGGCUCGUCUACAUUUGUGGAGGAUGGAACCAGAAGGAGAUCACCAACCGCUUCGAGGUCUACAACCCAAACACCCAACAGUGGACGGAGUUACGCCCCAUGAGGCAAGCCAGGAAGAACCAUGGUCUGGUGGUGGUCCAGAACAGGAUUUAUGCAGUUGGAGGACAGGGUCCACAGGGCUUCUUAAAAUCGAUUGAGGGGUACGACCUCGUCACGGAGGAGUGGUGCGACUGUGCAUCAAUGCCACAUCCACAAGCUGUGAAGUGUGCUGCUGUUGGCGGCAUCAUCUAUGUGCUGGCAUGCAAAACCUAUGGUACGGGCCGAAAACCAGUUCUGGAAUAUCAUACGAAAACGGACAGGUGGGUCUUUUCCGAGAAGAUGAACCAGUUCUCGUUCAUAAACUCGGCCAUCUGUGCGAUCAAUGCUUGAAUGGAGCCAAAAUGGCUCCGUCUGCCAAAAAGACUGAAUUUUAAUAAUUUAAUGUUUGAGUGUUUU